UCCCUGCCCCUUUCACUCACCUGUCCCUCAUCCUCACAGGAAUUGGUCGAUGGCCUGUACUAUUUCCGGGAUCAUUACUUUGAAAGCCAUGGUGUGGAGGAUGCUGGGAGAAAGCAGCAGGACAUUCUGGAGGAAAUGGAGAAAACGCUACAGCAGAUGGGCGAGAUAGAUGGCUGUUCCCAGGACCGGGCUUGGGCGCUGAUGCUGAAGGGGAAGGCUCUGAACGUUACACCCGACUACAACCCCAAGGCUGAGGAACUGCUGGCCAAGGCUGUGAAGCUGGACCCGGAGCUGGUGGAGGCCUGGAACCAGCUGGGCGAGGCCUACUGGAAAAAGGGCGACAUCACAGCAGCCCACACCUGCUUCUCUGGGGCCCUGGGGCACCGGAAGAACAAGGUCUCGCUGCAGAAUCUGUCCAUGGUGCUGCGGCAGCUGCGAGCCGAGAGCACAGAGCAGCAUGCCCAGAAUGUCAUGGACAGUGUCCGGCAGGCCAAGCUGGCUGUCCAGAUGGACAUGCGAGAUGGCCGCUCGUGGUAUAUCCUGGGAAAUGCCUACCUCUCGCUGUUCUUCAACACAGGCCAGAACCCCAGUAUCUCCCAGCAGGCCCUAAGUGCCUAUGGCCAGGCGGAAAAGGUGGAUCCUACAGCAUCCUGUAACCCGGACCUGCAUCUCAACAGAGCUACGCUGCAUAAAUAUGAGGAGAAUUACACAGAGGCCCUGGAGGGGUUUUCCCGUGCAGCAGCCCUUGACCCAGCCUGGCCUGAACCCCGGCUGCGCCAGCAGCAGCUUCUGGAUUUCCUGGAGCGACUCACCAGCCUCCUGGAGAACAAGGGCAAAGUGAAGGUUAAGAAGCUGCAGAGCAUGCUGGGAAGCCUGCGCCCAUCCCAGCUGGGCCCCUGUGGGGAUGGGCAGUACCAGGGGUCCUCAGGCCAGAAGGUGGCACUGGAGCAUCGGCUCUUGAGCGCCCUGCAGCCGGGUGUCAACACUGGGGCCGUAGUGCUCGGCAGGGUGGUCUUCAGCCUCACCACGGAUGAGAAGGUGCCCUUCACGUUCGGCCUGGCUGACUCCAAGGGCCCCUGUUUUGCUGUCACUGUCUAUAACAUGGUCCAGAGCUGGGGUGUGCUCAUCGGCGACUCAGUGGCCAUCCCUGAGCCGCACCUCCGGCAUCACCACGUCCAGCACCAAGGCAAGAGCUUCUCCUUCCCUGGGAUCCGUGUGGAGACCCCACUCCUGCUGGUGGUGAACGGCAAGACGCAGGGACCUGGCACCCAGGCGGCAGCUACUGUGGCAUACCGAGCGCAGAGCGAAUGAUGCCAUGGGGAGGGAAUGUGCAAAGAUAGCUCCUUGCCCUCGGAUGCUGCUGCUGAAGGGGUUGGACUUGUCCUUCUGUCUGCUGCCCCCUGGUGGAUCCCAUGAGUAUAAUGGUUUGGAGAGGCUUGAGGGGCCGGCAGCGGAUUUACAACUGGGUAUUGAGGCAAAGGAUGGGGUCUGAGAAUGGGGUGAUCCCUGCCCCCUACAAAGAGGGACAGAGGUCCCUCUUUUCCCAUUCUCUCUCCACUCAACAUGAUCCUCUUUCCCAUGGCAAUGACCUCUACCCAGGCUCUGCCCCGAUACCCCAAUAAACCACUCCAAUGGGCUGAUCCCAGGUGUGAAGAAAUUGCACUGAGACUAGGAGAUCCCUACCAAGCCCACCAAUGCCUCCUCCCUCUGCAUCUGUGCCCUGCUCUUUCUCCUCUCCUUUUCCACACUCCCCCUUCCUGUCUCCUUCCCAUGGACUGGAAUCACUGGCCCCAACCCCCCUCGGUUUGUGUGGCUUAUGAUGUGGGGACAUUCAAAGGUGAUUAAGGGGUGUUGUAGGUGCCUAGUCCCUGUGGGUUUGGGGGUUGGACUUCUUUAGGGCUCUUUCACAGUGGGUCUGGCUCGGGGCCC